CUCAGUUCUUCCCCCAAGUUACCAGUUAAGAAUGGUGGGCGAAACGCGCCUCGCUGUUCUAGGUUAGUGACUUCGAAAGCUGUACUAGAGUUUCCAAGGUUGACUGAAAUUUCAUGGAAAAUACUGGCCCACAACUCUCAGACGACACAAUCACUGGAAUGCUGGACACAGAGUCCCCUGUCAUGGAAAGCAAUGGGGAUGCCUUUCUUCCUGAUCUUCCAGUUCUAGGCCAAGCUGCUGACUGGUCACUUGACCAAGUUGCUCCAGAACCCCUUACCAGCAUUUUGCCUGAGGAUUCAGAUGCGUCCCAGGAUGCUCCAGAGCAGCCGCAGUUACCAGAGCAGCAGAUGAUUACUAGCGGGCUGGGUGCUGUCGAGAAAGCUGUGGAACAAUUUCAGCUUGCCAGUGCUCAGCUUUUCCAAGAGGAGCAGCCACCACCACCUCCUCCUCCACCUCCACCACAGCCAACAGAGGAGCCAGCACAGCCCCCAGAACACAAGGCAGAGUCUGAGGAGGCUCAGGAAAGCAGUGAUAAAAUAAGAAUAGAGUCACAAGUUGCUGAACAAGAUGGCAGUCAAGGUGCAACUGAGGCUGCACAGGUGACAGAAGAUGGCAUGGAGCUAGAAGAAUCAUCCAAGGACACAGCAGGGGAGGCGACUGUUCCUGCAGAACCAGAGCUGCCGAGUGAGUUUGAAAAGCUCUUCAAAGGGUGCGAGGACAACCCAGAAGACUUCAAUGGAUGGGUCUACCUGCUGCAGCAAGUAGAGCAAGAGAAUAUCCUUGCAGCUGUGAGAAAAGCAUUUGAUGCAUUCUUCUUGCGAUAUCCCUACUGCUAUGGCUACUGGAAGAAGUAUGCAGAUAUAGAGAAGAAGCAUGGCAAUAUACAGGUUGCAGAGGAGGUGUACAGAAGAGGUUUGCAGGCCAUCCCUCUCAGUGUGGACCUGUGGCUGCACUACCUCACCUUCAUUAAAGAGAACUCGGAUCCUGCUGACCCUGACACUGAGGGACGCAUCCGAGCUGCCUAUGAACAUGCUGUGCUGGCAGCAGGCACAGACUUUCGCUCGGACCGUCUGUGGGAAUCCUUCAUCAACUGGGAGACCGAGCAGGCAAAGCUGGCUAAUGUCACUGCCAUUUAUGAUCGCAUCUUGGGCAUCCCAACUCAGCUAUAUUCCCAGCACUUCCAAAGGUUCAAAGAUCAUGUGCAGAACAACAACCCCAAACAUUUCCUGUCAGAGGAGGAGUUUGUUCAGCUGAGGCUCGAGCUCUCUAAAACCAGCCUGACGCCGAUGGUCAGCGAUGAUAGCGAGACACCCAUUCCUCAGGAGGAUCUGCCGCCUGGUACAGAAGAUCUUGCAGACCCAGCAAAGAGAGUUACGGAGAUUGAAAAUAUGCGGCACAAGGUGAUCGAGGUGCGACAGGAGGUUUUCAACCACAAUGAACAUGAAGUCAGCAAGCGCUGGACGUUUGAAGAAGGGAUCAAGAGACCAUACUUCCAUGUCAAAGCCUUGGAGAAGACGCAGCUAAACAACUGGAAGGAGUACCUGGAGUUUGAAAUCGAAAACGGGACCCCAGAGCGUGUGGUUGUGCUUUUUGAACGCUGCCUCAUCGCCUGCGCACUCUACGAGGAGUUCUGGAUCAAGUAUGCAAAAUAUCUAGAGGGCUUCAGCACUGACGGUGUGAGACAUGUCUACAAGAAGGCGUGCACCAUCCAUCUGCCCAAGAAACCAGCCAUCCACCUGCUGUGGGCUGCCUUUGAGGAGCAACAAGGAAGCGCAGAUGAGGCCCGUGCCAUCUUGAAGUCCCUGGAAGCAGCAGUCCCCGGUCUGGCCAUGGUGCGUCUUCGGAGGGUCAGCCUUGAGCGUCGCCAUGGAAACUUGGAGGAAGCAGAAGCCCUUUUACGGGAGGCGAUGGAGUCUGGGAAGAAUUCUACAGAGACAUCGUUUUAUGCUGUGAAGCUGGCCAGGCAGCAAAUGAAGGUCCAGAGGAGUCUGAGCAAGGCCAGGAAGGUGCUACUGGAUGCAAUUGAAAAAGAUCAGACGAGUCCAAAGCUGUAUCUGAACCUGCUGGAGCUGGAAUACAGUGGGGACGUGACACAGAACGAGGCUGAGAUCUUGGCUUGUUUUGACAGAGCCCUGCAGAGCCCCAUGCCUCUUGAAUCCCGCCUCCUUUUCAGCCAGCGCAAAGUCGAGUUCCUUGAGGACUUUGGCAGCGACAUCAAUGUGCUUGUGGCUGCAUACGAGGAACAUAAGAAACUACAGAAAGAAAAUGAACCCUCAAAGAGGAAGGCAGAAAACGGGUAUGACAGCUCCCAGGAACCAGACGCCAAGAGACAGCGUGUGGAUGAUGACCCUUCAGCUGCAGCGAACGCAGUGACGGACACACAAGCUAACAACUCUGCAUACAACUACAACUGGUACCAGCAACAGUACGGCGGUUGGGGACAAAACUCAUGGGGGCAGUACAACCAAUAUGCCCAGUAUAACCAGUACUACCCCCCUCCUCCUACAUAAUGGACAAAAUCCUGAUGUGAAGAUGGAGACUCAGUGAAAAGCAUCCUUUCUGACCUGCCUAUGUCUCUGAACAUGACUACUCAACAAGCUGUCAUUGGGAGAAAACAAACUGAUUUUUUCCUCCUCUGUGGUUUACUGUGUGCUUAUCUGAUAAACUAUACCAGGUUUGUAGCCAUUAUCUGAAAAAAAAAAAAAAUUUAAACUACUUGGCCCUCAAUGGCAGUCCUGCUGAUUAGUUAUGUUUAUAAGAUCUAAUCGAUCAUUCAUCAUCUCCAACACUGGCUGCUUUUUUUGAUUGUUUAAUGCAUGUUAACUGAAGGCAGAAUUAUUUUUCCUGUGUGAAAAAGACUUUUUAUCUUUUAGAUCGGAUGACUUAGUUUGAUCUCUUUCUUUGUGUUAAAGAUUUGAACCUGUCAAGGAGGCAUUCAUAGAUGUACCUCUGAGUUGUGUGAUUCUCUUUCCCAAAAAUGAAAAGAUUUUUAAUAUUUCAUGGUUGUUUUCAUUGAGAAAAUGAAGAGUUCCUCCUUUUUUAUUUUGACUUGAUUUCAUAAUAAAGAGAUUGAUAUGCUGA